AUGGCGUCAACGGGCAAGCCUCCGCUGGAGGACGCACGUCGGAUAACUGGAUCACCGAAAAUGAAGAGCCGUGAAAACGCGAAAGACACCUUGUGCCGUAAUGUGACUAUAUAUGGCCGUUGUCGCUAUGAGGACAAGGGAUGUGCUUUCAAUCAUGACCCGUCCAAACUGAAUGCGCACCAAUCAGAUAGCAAAAAGAGAUUCAAUGUAGACUCACCCAGCUUCACUCCAUCGUCUCUCUCUGGGAAUGGAGCACCAAAGAAAUCCACUGCCAUUUCUCCCAAGGCCGUUAGCGCUGCUCCAUUCCAACCUCGGACCUCAACAAGAUCCAACACGAGCACUCCUUCGGGACGCUCAGAAGCAGUUCAAGACUGGACAGUGGCUGACGUGCAGGAGUUCAUUCCCCAAAACUUCGAUGUGCUCGUCGAGCUCGUGACCACCGUGCUCUAUUUCCCUCCCUUCUUCCCUCAUCCCGUUCCUGUGCAUUCUCAAACCAUGCAACCCACUUGCAGUGAUAUCAAGAUGCCAGAUGACGCUGAGCCACCUAUUUCAACCCUUGCCUCUCUCCCUCUUCCUCGCAUCAAUGCUGUUGGCGUGGUCGAGUAUCCUCCAAGGGCCCCUUUGGCUUACGUUCAUCAACAGGGACCUCUGCAAGGUAACGGGAAUGGAGGCAUUGCUUCUCCCACUGCCUUUGAUCCAUUCGUGACCACUCCUACCCCGAUGACACCUGGUGCUGUUGGCCCUGUCUCUGCCAAUCCGUAUUCCCAUGAUCCCACAGCUGCGAUGGGAGGUGCUUUCUUUGCGAACCAAACUGGGUUCCAGCAACCGGUCCAAUACCAUCUCUAUGCGCCAAUCGGCCCUCACAGCCAGAACACUCUGGGGUAUCAGCGGAAUGUGCACGAUCUCUUCCUCCCCAAUGAAAUACGUGAGGAUCUGCAAAAGAAAUCUGCAGCUACCCUCCAAACCCUACCUAACACCCAACUCCCCGCACAAGUCGACUAUUUCCACUCUCUUGUUCCCCUAGAUCUGAGCCACCAGAAGAACGCUGCAACAUUUGGCUACCCAAGCUGGAUUUACAAGGCACAGUCCAGCAAAGAUGGACAUUUCUAUGCCCUUCGUCGACUUGAAGGCUUCCGUCUCACAAAUGAGAAGGCGAUUCGCUCUGUCCAAGCCUGGAAACGCGUUUGCAAUGGCAGCGUGGUCACUGUGCACGAUGCAUUCACUAGCCGCAGCUUCCAAGAUAGCUCUCUGAUCUUUGUCACUGACUAUCACCCUCUCUCCAAGACACUGGCGGAGCAGCACCUGGGUGCCGGAAACAUGGGUCUCGGCAAUCGAUUCCCGCCACGCAACAAUGCCCACAUCCCUGAGCAGGUUCUCUGGGGCUACAUGACCCAGAUCGCCAAUGCCGUGAAGGCUAUUCACGAUAAUGGUCUUGCUGCUCGGGUUCUCGAGCCUAGCAAGGUUCUUCUCACGGGAAGGAACCGCCUUCGCAUCAACGCCUGUGCUGUGCUUGAUGUCGUCCAGUUCGAUACUCAGCGCACUGUGCCCGAUCUCCAGCGACAGGAUCUCGUCAACUUCGGCCAACUUAUCCUCACUCUGGGUGCCAACUCUCCUACCAUUAUGCACAACCCUACCAAGGCCAUGGAGCAUUUCACUCGUGCUUACAGCCCCCAGCUUAAGAACUCUGUCGUCUGGCUUCUGAACUCGCUGCAGCAGGAGCCGCUCAGAGACAUUGACACUUUCAUUCACGGAAUUUCAGCUCAGCUGAUGUCGACCUUCGACUCAGCCCUGCAUAUGGAUGAUCAGCUCAGUUCCGACCUCUCCCGCGAGCUGGAGAAUGCACGCCUCGUGCGUCUCAUGACCAAGCUUGGCCUCGUCAAUGAACGUCCUGAAUACGAUCUUGACCCUCGCUGGUCCGAAACCGGAGAGCGCUACUUCCUGAAGCUUUUCCGCGACUACGUCUUCCACAUGGUAGACUCCCAAGGCGACCCUGUCGUCGAUCUUGGCCAUGUGCUCACAUGUCUCAACAAACUCGAUGCCGGCAGUGAUGAGAAGAUCACAUUGAUCGGCCGUGACGAGCAGAGCUGUUUCAUUGUCAGCUACAAGGAAGUGAAGAAGGCCCUCGAGUCAUCCUUCCAGGCGUUGCUGAAACCCCCCACCAGGCGCAUGCACUAG